AUGACGGUAACGCCAGCCCUGGUGCCCUACUGGCGGUACGGUGACCGUAUGUCGCUGGCGCUGUAUGUCAACGAAGACGCCGCGUGCAGUAAUGCCACGAUCGAGCAGCAGUCGCCUGCGUGGGAGGUCAAAGACAUCCUGUAUGGCGACACCGGCAUCAGCUACCAGGCUGAUCUGGAGCUGGCGGCAUCGGCAAGCGUGCAAAACAAUGGCACGCUGUAUGCGCACGCAGUGUUUACGCGGAAUGGCUACGGCAAACACCCAAAGGAGGACAACUACGACGCUGACAACGUAGCAGUGGUAACAUGGCCGCUCACUUACUACGUAAGGUAUCGCAAGCCAGACCACGUCAAGAAGCUUGUCGAGUUUCCACACAAGGGCAGCGGAGUGGAACUGACAGCCGAGGAGAUUUCUGCCCGCGACCAGCAGCGCGCUUUGCGCGAGGCACGCGAAUCGGAGAUGGACGGCAAGCUGGUCAGCUACUGGUACCCGAACUUGACACUGGCGAUUGUCGACUCGGGCAUGGAGCUGUAUCCGUAUUCAAGCGAGCCCCCGGUGGUGCACAAGUGGAUCAAGCUGGCAGAUGUCCGCGGCAAGGACCCGCAGUCUCACCUGACAUAUAUGAAGCCGAUAUUCUUCGUCAACGAUUUCUGGCGCUUGCAGUCGCACAUGUCGCUGAUCAAUGAGACCACCAGUGCCCUGCCUCUGCAUGUGCAAGUCAGCAGUCUGUCGCUAUGGAAGUUCCGGGUCUUCUGCAGCAUGGACCACUCGGCCAAGCAGCAGGAGCAGGGCCUGUUUGGAGAGGAUCUGGGAUCAUCGGGCAUGGAUGAGAUGAAGCGCAUGUUGGCCGACACCAACCCGGUGCUCCUGGCCAUCACCUUCAUUGUCACGCUGCUGCACUCGCUGUUCGACUUUUUGGCAUUCAAAAACGACGUGCAGUUCUGGCGCAAGAAGCAGGACACGGUGGGCGUCAGCAUCCGCACCAUGCUGAUGAAUGUGGCAUUCGAGGCAGUCAUUCUGCUGUAUCUGUUUGACAACCGCGGCAACACCAGCUACAUGAUCCUGAUCAGCAACACUGUCAGUGUGGUAAUCGAGGGCUGGAAGGUCGCCAAGGAAACUCGCAGGGAGCUGGUGCGCAUCGGCGGGUAUGCGGUAACCGUUAAGGCGUACGAGGCGAUGACCGAGGAGGAGAGCAGCACGCGCGAGUACGACCAAAUCGCAUACAAGUAUCUAAGUUACGUGGCCUAUCCGCUACUGCUUGUGUACGCGAUCUACUCGCUGUUCACGCAGGAGCAAAGGUCGUGGUACUCGUUUGUGCUGUCGGUGCUGGUUGGGUAUGUGUACACGUUUGGGUUCAUGAUGAUGAUCCCGCAGCUGUACAUCAACUACCGACUAAAGUCCGUCGCGCACAUGCCGUGGCGCACCUUUGCCUACAAGGCCCUGUCGACGUUCAUUGAUGAUCUGUUUAGCUGGGUCAUGAAGAUGCCGUGGCUGCACCGCCUAGCGACGCUGCGCGACGAUGUUGUGUUUGUUGUUUACCUGUACCAGCGCUGGAUCUACCGAGUUGACCACUCGCGUGCUAAUGAAUACGGGCAGGUCGGCAAAGAAACCCAGGCGGAGAUCAAGACAGACGCCCUGGAGAGCGAUGCUGCUGAGCCCAAGAAGGACAAGUGAGCGUCAUUUCUACUCAACAUAUUGCGUUUGUUUACAUUUCCGUGCAUUCUUGCCUUAAGGAAGCACAGGAUUUCAACACGGCCCGCAGCUGUAGCUGUGGCUAUUUUUGCACCUGCCAGCUGUCUUUUUUUAGUUGCGAUAAAUGGCCUGUAGUGAAAUCCACAUGGAUUCGCCUGCUGAGCGGCUCGGGCGCCAAAGAUCACCCGGCGCGCAAUGUGGUCACGCCGCGGGCGGUGCAGGCUGUUAUGAUUGCUUUUGUUGUUGUUGUUCUUGCGCGCUCCUAAUG